AGGAGGGAGGGAGGGAGGAAGGAGGGAGGGAAAGCGCCGCCGCUUCCUCCCGUCACCAAAGCAAUAACCUAUUAGGAUUUCUUUUUUUUUUUAUUUUUUUUUAUUUUAUUUUUUUGGGUAACUGUCACCCCAGAGCUAAAGAGGGAGAAGCACCGCCAGACCAACUCUUGCCAUUUCCAGUCAGAAGUUGCAGACUUGAUGUAGCUGCCUCUGCUCUGCCGAGAGAGGGACGGGAAUGGUGUGCAGUGCAGAGUGGAAAAUACCCCCGCUCUAAGAAGUGCACCGGAUUUUUCUCUUGCUGUUUGUUUGGGUUGUUGCUUGCACGUUAGGCACCCAAAGGAUCGCCGUUUCACAGGAAUGAAACGUGGAGAGGAUGACUAACGACAGAACUGCGAAUUUGUUCCCUGGAGUUGCUAAUUUGCCACCCCGAAGCAACACAUAUCUCGAGGAGGAAGCGUUUGGCUGCUGCUGAUUUCUCCAAAACUGGUGGUUUACCAGAUGCAUUGUGCUGUAUCUGCUGGAACAGAUCAUUGCUUAGCUGCAGCAGAUCGUCAAAGGUAGACAACUAACUGAUGUCUCCAAAUAAGAAAUGAGAUGUAAUGCAUCCUGCAGUCCAUGCAUGCCUCCUCUUGCAAAUCGCGCAUCAUUCCUCUCUGGAAACCUUUAAGUCCUAAAAUCUGUGAAAAGAGAAUAAAAACAUUAUCAUGGACCUGAGGGAUUUUUACCUGUUGGCCGCUUUGAUUGCCUGUUUAAGGCUGGAUUCUGCUAUAGCUCAAGAACUUAUUUACACUAUUAGAGAGGAACUGCCUGAAAACGUGCCCAUAGGGAACAUACCAAAGGACCUGAACAUUUCUCAUAUCAAUGCUGCCACAGGGACCAGUGCCAGCCUUGUCUACAGACUGGUGUCUAAAGCAGGGGAUGCACCUCUGGUCAAAGUGUCCAGUAACACAGGGGAAAUCUUUACAACAUCUAACAGAAUAGACAGAGAAAAACUAUGUGCUGGAGCUUCCUAUGCAGAAGAAAACGAAUGUUUCUUUGAACUUGAAGUAGUGAUUCUCCCCAAUGACUUUUUUAGGCUGAUCAAAAUAAAAAUCAUUGUAAAGGACACUAAUGACAAUGCACCUAUGUUUCCAUCCCCUGUCAUCAAUAUUUCCAUCCCAGAAAACACUCUGAUCAACAGUCGCUUUCCAAUCCCAUCAGCAACAGAUCCUGACACAGGUUUCAAUGGCGUGCAGCACUAUGAGUUGUUAAAUGGGCAGAGUGUCUUUGGACUGGAUAUUGUAGAAACUCCAGAAGGGGAGAAAUGGCCUCAAUUGAUUGUGCAGCAGAACUUGGACAGAGAGCAAAAGGACACCUACGUGAUGAAAAUCAAAGUAGAGGAUGGAGGUACCCCCCAGAAAUCCAGCACAGCUAUCCUGCAAGUCACAGUAAGUGAUGUCAAUGAUAACAGGCCAGUCUUUAAAGACAGUCAAGUAGAGGUCCAUAUACCAGAGAAUGCCCCUGUAGGCACCUCUGUAAUUCAGCUUCAUGCUACAGAUGCUGAUAUAGGAAGCAAUGCAGAAAUCAGAUAUAUUUUUGGUGCCCAAGUCGCCCCUGCAACCAAAAGAUUUUUUGCUUUAAACAACACCACAGGGCUGAUUACAGUUCAGAGGUCCUUAGAUCGAGAAGAGACCGCUAUUCACAAAGUGACAGUGCUGGCUAGUGAUGGUAGCUCUACACCAGCUCGGGCAACUGUCACCAUCAAUGUCACUGAUGUAAAUGAUAACCCUCCUAACAUAGACCUCAGGUACAUAAUAAGUCCCAUCAAUGGCACAGUGUACUUAUCUGAGAAAGAUCCCAUCAAUACAAAGAUUGCCCUAAUUACGGUUUCAGAUAAGGACACUGAUGUGAAUGGCAAAGUGAUCUGUUUCAUUGAGAGAGAGGUCCCCUUCCACCUGAAAGCAGUUUACGACAACCAGUAUUUGUUAGAGACCUCUUCCUUGUUGGACUAUGAGGGCACCAAAGAAUUUAGCUUUAAAAUUGUGGCUUCUGAUUCUGGCAAGCCCAGUUUGAACCAGACUGCCCUGGUAAGAGUUAAGCUGGAGGAUGAAAAUGACAACCCUCCGAUUUUCAGCCAGCCUGUAAUUGAGCUGUCAGUUUCUGAAAACAACCGGCGUGGUCUAUACUUAACAACUAUUAGUGCCACAGAUGAAGACAGUGGGAAAAAUGCAGACAUUGUUUAUCAGCUUGGUCCUAAUGCCUCCUUUUUCGAUCUGGAUCGAAAGACAGGAGUGUUGACAGCCUCCAGAGUUUUUGACAGAGAAGAGCAAGAACGUUUCAUUUUCACUGUUACGGCCCGAGAUAAUGGCACCCCUCCUUUGCAGAGUCAAGCGGCUGUAAUUGUUACUGUGUUGGAUGAAAAUGACAACAGUCCCAAAUUUACUCAUAAUCAUUUCCAGUUUUUCGUAUCAGAGAACUUACCAAAGUAUAGCACAGUGGGGGUGAUCACAGUGACUGAUGCAGAUGCCGGGGAAAAUAAAGCAGUGACCCUUUCCAUCCUGAAUGACAAUGAAAACUUUGUGCUGGAUCCAUACUCUGGAGUUAUAAAGUCCAACGUUUCUUUUGAUAGAGAACAGCAGAGCUCUUACACCUUUGAUGUUAAGGCAGUGGAUGGAGGGCAACCUCCUCGGUCUUCUACAGCAAAAGUAACAAUAAACGUGAUGGAUGUUAAUGAUAACAGUCCUGUUGUCAUCUACCCACCUUCUAAUACUUCUUUUAAGUUAGUGCCACUCUCAGCAAUUCCAGGAUCGGUGGUAGCUGAAGUCUUUGCUGUGGAUAUAGACACUGGCAUGAAUGCUGAGCUGAAGUACACGAUUGUAAGCGGCAAUAACAAGGGUUUGUUUCGGAUUGAUCCAGUGACAGGUAAUAUCACUCUGGAAGAAAAACCAACUCCUAAUGACGUGGGGCUGCAUCGCUUAGUUGUCAACAUAAGUGAUUUGGGUUAUCCCAAAUCCCUGCAUACUCUUGUUCUUGUAUUUUUAUAUGUAAAUGAUACUGCUGGAAAUGCCUCUUAUAUUUAUGACUUGAUACGCAGGACUAUGGAAACACCUUUGGAUCGGAACAUAGGGGACAGUAGUCAACCCUACCAAAAUGAGGACUAUCUCACAAUCAUGAUUGCUAUUGUGGCUGGUGCCAUGGUUGUCAUAGUGGUGAUAUUUGUCACGGUUCUUGUUCGCUGUCGACAUGCGUCCAGAUUCAAAGCUGCCCAGAGGAGCAAGCAAGGUGCUGAGUGGAUGUCUCCCAAUCAGGAAAACAAGCAAAACAAGAAAAAGAAAAGGAAAAAAAGGAAAUCUCCAAAGAGCUCCCUUUUGAACUUUGUGACCAUUGAGGAGUCCAAACCUGAUGAUGCAGUUCAUGAACCUAUCAAUGGGACAAUAAGCCUUCCAGCAGAGCUGGAGGAGCAAAGUAUAGGAAGAUUUGAUUGGGGCACAGCACCACCAUCAACCUUUAAGCCUAACAGUCCUGAUCUUGCCAAGCAUUACAAAUCUGCCUCUCCGCAGUCUGCUUUUCAUCUCAAACCUGACACUCCAGUUUCAGUGAAAAAGCACCAUGUGAUUCAGGAACUCCCGUUGGACAACACCUUUGUUGGUGGUUGUGACACCCUUUCCAAACGCUCUUCCACUAGUUCAGAUCACUUCAGUGCCUCAGAGUGCAGUUCCCAAGGAGGCUUCAAGACAAAGGGCCCCUUACACACCAGACAGGUGCUGUAAAAUGAAGCCCUUUACACAGUCUUGUAUCUUUCUGAGCAUGCAUCAUGCAUCUCACUUGGAGACAUCUGAAGCGGGAGCCUUGAGGACCAGAAGCUUUAUGAGGUGAACCACAAAGAGCUUUUGAAAUGUUUUUAAGUGGACUGAAUUGUGUCCCAAGAUGUUCACAGACCUUGUUUCUUCUCCAUUUAAUGGUAUAAAUUUCAGGAACUGUUUUUCUGUUUGUUAAUGUAGGUAACGUGAACUGCUGCAAAACAAAUUGCAUUAAAUACUUUUGUAUAUCAUAUCAGAUGAAAAAUCAAAUUAAAAUUACUUAUUUGCCAUGAAAAAAAAAAUAUCAUGAGGAAGAAAAUUAUUUUUAAAUGAAUGUUUUUUAUGAGUGCUGUCAGUUUAGAACUGAUGUAUACAGAUUUAUUAUCUAAAGUUGUCUUUUUCUAAAAAGAAAUUGCUCUAAGCAGUCUGAGAGUGUCUAUGAAUAAGUACUUGCAGCUGAAGAAGAGUUUAAUACACAUGGAAAGAAUGUAUCUCUAAGUAUCUCCAAGGACAAAUCCCUAUUUUUACACAUUUUAUUUUUUCCUGCCUCAAGUAAAAAAGAUUUGCUCGGGCAAAUUAGAAUUUUCAUAUUUAAUUGUUUUGGUGCUUUUAAAAUUAAACUCAGGACAAGGUAAUUUCCUAUGAAGCAUUGGACUUAGGUCCAGUUUACUGCUUUUUAAGAAAGAGAUUGUAUCACCUGGAUCUGUCCUGUCAUCUGGGGAGGCAUCAGAAGUGUGGUUGGAAGCUGUUGUUGCCCUUAUCACUGGACUACCUCAGCAUGAUAGUUUGAAUUGAUUAAACAUUGCUGUCUUCUGUGAAUUAGGAUAUUAUUGCCCUUUCCUCUGAGCUGGCAAAUAUGCCAGAGUAAGUGACUUGGCAGAGAGGACCUAAGAAUUCUGUACAAGUAGUAGAAAACAGACACAUGCCUCCUUAAGCCUAUUUAGUUGCUUACCAAAUAAGCUCAUUAAACACCCACCCCCCAUCUCCCCCUUCUCCACUUUAUUUGUGUUCAGGUGUCUCAGUAACGUUCCUAGAGAAAAGCUUUGAACUCUGCUGAAGUUGUGGUUAUAUGUCACAUAAUUCCUAGAACCCAGAAGCAAAGAUAUAAUCUUACAAAAUUGGGUAAUUUUGGAGGAUACCUGCUAUUUGAUACUAUAUCUAUGAAAAAGAAAGCCAAGCCUAACUACCAAGGUAAAGGACAAGCAUGAAGUACAGGGCCACCACACUGGAAACCCUUGCAGUUAAUCCAGCAGGAAGCAGACAUUGUCAUCUUUUUGUCAUGGUUCUUUUUGAUAGUUAAAUUUCUCAGCUGCUUUGUAUGUCAGUUUUCGAAAGAAUAUUUCAAUUCUGGUCUGGUCUCUCUCUUCCCAUCAAAGCUUCUCGCCCAACACAUUCCCAUCUCAACAUUCUCUCUGCCUACACACGCAUUACAAGGUCUCCUUCAGUGGUAGGAUGCAUUGCCAAUGAUCUGUUCCCUCAUCUGUCUGUCUACGCAAGGGCUUUUGUUGCUGCAAACACUUUUUGGUUUUUUAAGCAAAUUCCUGUGUCAAGGUGGGACUAAGAAGUAGAUUUAAUUCUGGAUGUCCAUAUACAGUAGAAGAUAAUCUGAAUCUUGGCUGCUGUUCUUUAGCAGUACUGGACAUUCUUUAGUAUUCCAGAUAUAUUUGGACAUUGACCUCUGUUGCUUUAGUUAAUCUGUACUAAUGAAAAUUACUGUAAAAGCUUCGCAGCAAAAACUAUCACUAGUAGAUUUAAGAGAGGGGAGCUUUCAGUUCAGUUCAGUGUUGCUAAUAAAAUCAGUAAUACAAGAAAUUAAAAGAAAUUAGGUCUUCUCCAUGAAGAGGCUUUAGUGCAACUAGCAUAGUUACAGUAAGGUGCUGCAGCCAUUGUCAAAAGUUGUUUAAAAUAAGAUUAGAUCAUAUCAUUGUACCAUUUUCAGUUGGCAAGUUGUAACUUUGUUUUAUGAAUGCUGUUUAAUAUACAAAUUUCAUUGGAACUUGAAGGAGACAGUAAUACUUGUGAUGAUUUAAGAUUAGAAGUAUUUGGAUAAACGUGGAUGCUAGUUAUAAUGAAUCUGAAUUGUCACCUGAGAUUACAUAAUCUGAUUUAUCAUUUCACUGAAGAAUUGCAGGUAACAGUUUACAAUAUAUUUUCAUAUGUGGUCUUGUCAUUGUUUCCUUUAGUAAAUAAUCCCUCUCUGCAUAGCAGAAAAAAAAAAAAGUUUUAUUUUUUCUUAAGGACAUGUAAGGUUUAUGGAAAAUAGUUAUUUUCUAUGUAGAAGAACUGCUAUUGUUUGCUCAUUCCCUUUGAUCAAGUAUGGACAGUUAUGAUCUUCAUGUACUUAUUUAUAUUUAAUGCAUUUUGUUUCUCCUUCAUGUUCUAGAGUUGCUAGAGUAACUGCAUUUGUGAAAUCUUUCAGUUAAUUUAAUAUCCAUUUGCCAAAGUUAAUAAAAGCACUCAAAAAAAUUGCUUCUUUGUCAACCUAUUCUAAUGAUGAUGGUGACUAGACAGGUCAUGUCUCAGCUUCCAGAAUCAGAGGGAGACAUGAAAGGAUUCUGGUAGGAAAGUAUAAUUACUGUGUAAGUGUUUUUGCAGAAGUGUUUUUGCAUAAGUAUUUUCACAUAGAUUUCCCAAACAAUUCUUCAAAACUUUACUGUUAAAAUUUAAUGGCUUGUUUAACGAAUAUUUUCUGUUCCAGCAGUCAUGAGCUAGGUAGCUAUUUUCUCUGCUCAAAGUGGCAGUCUGCUUGACACAGGAGAUCCUUUUUUCUCGAUGCACGAUCACAGAGAGCACCGCAGGCAAAUGAAGGCAUUGUCACUUUCCAUCCCCCUGCUACGCAUUGUGGUGCAAAGGCAAAGUUGCACCUUAUUUUCCUCUCUCACUCAGGCCUGUAGCCUUUUUGUCAAGGGCAGGGAAGUACAUCCAAAUUUAUUUUCUGAUGCAGACUCCUGCUGUCUGAAAUCUAGGUCUACGCCUUGUGACCUUCCUCCACGUGCCUUCUCUCUGCUCCUCAGCAGCAGCCCUGCUCGGUGCCGCGCUGCGAGGCUGCGUGGGGGCUGCUGAGAGGCACAUGGCACUGGGCUGGAGCUGCUGUUAGAAACCUUUCUUACGCAAGAGCUCCAGAGUCAGUGCACUGCCUAUUUAAAAAUAACAUAUUCCUCCAGGAAUGCUGAGUUAUUCAGCAGUGAUCCAGCAGUGUCUCCUAGGAGAGGGAAAUAGCUGCCUGAGGUCAGAGCAGAGGUCCCGCUCCUGGCAGUGGACAGCAGUGAGUGUCCAAGGCACGGCGUGAAGGCAGGGACAUCACAGAGGUGACCUUCCGAGGUGGGAGGUUAUUUCUUUCUUCCUGCUCCAUUCACAGCAGUAAGUUAGCAGCUAGUACAGGUAGGAAUCAGCUCUCCUUCAUGUGGUAGCAGGGGCAGAGGGAGUUAACGCAAAGUAAUGAGAAGCAGAACAUGAAGCAGGAGAAAUAUAGCUUAAGUAUCAGAGAAACUACUUAGCAGUAAGCUGUAUUACAGAAUCAGGCAGAUUCCCAAGGAGAGAUGAUGGAUUUGUGCUGCUUGUGGCAUUUAAAAGUGAGCUGCGCAGAGCACAUUAAAUACAUUAAAAGGGAUCUUGCUGUCUCUAUCAGAAUGGCAGAUCAGAUUAAUAUCUCUAGAUAAAAAUGUGUUGCUGUCAGGACAAAUAUUUAAAUAAUUUCCAGAAUAGCUCAAAUAAACACAACAGAAACUAAAUCCCUUUUCUUUAAAAUUGUAAGAAAAAAAUUUAAUAUGCUUUUCUUGUUUGUCUUGCAGAAAUUACCUUCCUUCUGUGAACCACAGUUGCAUAUUUUAACUUUUUCCACUUGUUUAGUGUUAUAUGCUUCGUUUAAUAAUCUGUAUUUAAGUAGAUGCUGAAAUGCACACUUUUCAUAUAUAUAAAUAUGCAUAUAUAUUUUUAGAUAACUAGGUGACUGAAAACAUGUUGCAUCAUUUAAUUUAACAAAACAAAAUUCCUGUGUGCUUAUUCUAGGCAAUACUAAGUGGCAUGUACGUGGGAGUAACAUACUGUUCAGUUUAAGUAAGAAUUUAAUAACCUGGGCUUUCAUUUUAACCACUUGAAUAGACCUGCCUUCUGUCUUUUAAUGAAUACUUUGUCCAGAAUAUCAUACACACUCUACUGAAUUAAAUUCUCCAUAGUCUGGAGCACUUACUUUCAAAAAUAUUUAAUAUGCAGCUGCCUGCUAACAUACAUUUCAAAUCUCCAUGUGAAGCUUCAUGACAUCAUACAAUUUUGCCAUUUAGGACUGUUUAAAGCUUCAGGCACUUAGGUAACUUAAUUUUUAUAUGAGGGAAGAAAUAGAUUUAGGUAUUCAGAAGAAGAUGAAGUCAGAGAGUGCUGUGCCAGGUGUUUCGGCUGUAGAAAAGCUUAAAGCAUGGAAGGAGCAAUGUAGCAGCAAAGCAGACCUGCUGAAUAAUUCAUCACUGUCUUACACACUUCUGCUGCUGUACCAUUAUUUAGGAAAGAAUAUUAUAUUGUUAUUGAUUACAGCUGUUGCUGACACGUUUCAUUUGCUGGGAGAUGUGUGUGCAUGCUUUGUAUUUCCGACACUUUCACCAUCACCAGAGAAACUUAUGUAUGAGCUCGAUUAAAAUUUAAGAGGCUGGAUGUUAUACAUACGUGUACACACAUACUCAGCAUUUAUCCCUAACACUCCUGGUUUGGGCAGGGUGAGCUUGCUUCAUGUGUCAGAGGAGCAGCUUUCCCACAGAUAGAGAUUUUGAAGCGAUGAGAAGCAUUUCUUAAGGGAGUACAAGUAACUUUGCCUUUACCAAAAUACCACUGGGAGAUUGACUCCUUCGUUACACCAACCCACCGCCGCACGCAGCCAUGGGAGCACAUCCCAAAGGACCUUGGCGCAUCCUCUGCCAUGAGAGGAGGCUCUGGUGUGCUGUGAUCACGGACAGACCCAUUUACACAAGCCAAACCCCAAGGGUGCCCUUUCCUUAGGCUGCUGCAGUUGCUGGUACAAAUGAACUUUUUGCCUGAAGUUGGCUAAAGGCCAGAGGAACUUGAUGGCUGUUGCAGCUGGUUGUACAUCUUAUUUGAACAAGGAAAUGCAAUCCUGUUCCUCACAUACCUGGAAACCAAUACAUGUGUAUAUAUUCGUGUGUAUGUACAAGAUUGAGAGAGAUAAGAGAGAAUUUAGUAUCAGUUUGAACUAUAGAUUGAAAUGUAUAUAGAUAUAUGCCAUUAUUUGUGCUUUCAGAUUUACACUGGAGCCUUGUGAGACAUUUUUAGACUUCUGAUGAUUUUUAGACCUCUGAAACAGUGAAGAAUAUUUUCCUCUGUUAAGGAGAGGGAAAGUCAAGAAAUCAACCAGAUUUUCUUUUCUGAUUUAUUUGGUUGGUUGGUUAAGCAGCACCUGGUAUAGAUGAAAAAGAUAUUGUGACAAAAUCUAUAUUGUCUGGAAAGAGCAUUGGGAAGAUUCCAAGUGGUUGUGUUGAGCUUUGUCUUAAAUGUUGAGCUUGUAGGGGAUUCUGCAACAAAUUCUGAACAGCACAGAAGGCUGACAGAAAAUAAACUGAAUCCUGGAGAAAAUGCUUUCCUUACCUAUCCUUGCAUGUCCAAAUCCAUUAAAAAAUAAAAAAGAAGUAUAAACAAAAUCCAAGGAACCCUGAAUGCUUUAGCAAAAGAAUAAUCAGAUUUCCUUCCCUUGAUUGAAAAUCUACUUGGUGGAAAUAAAGUUCACUUUAUACCAGACUUAGUCCCCAGUAAGAUAUUGAUCUGUUGAAGUCAAUGGGUGCUAUUCCAAUGAUUUCAGAGUAAGGGCUCACUCCCAAUGGCCAGUUUUCUCAGGUGGCAAACAGUGAUUAGAUUCAUAAAUAUCUGCUUCUGCUCAGAUUUUGGAAGAGCCAGUUCACACUUAGAAGGUCCAGAAGCUUAGCAGAUUACAUGAUCCCCCAGUAUAUCAGUUGUAUAUACAAAGCAUAUCCCUGUUGGAGAUACACAAGCUGAUUUGGCAAAGCUUGAAUGCCUUUAACUCUCUAAAUACUAGAUGAGGAUUGCUUGAUAGACUAUUCCAUAAUAUGACUAGAAAGUGUUACUUACAGGUUUGUUCUUGUUCUCUCUCUUUCUUGCUUUCUUGGCCUAGAAGAGAAUUUUUUUUUUUUUUUACUCCUUACAAUGUAUAUGACAAAACUGAUUUUUAAAUAGAUUUCUUGUCACCUUUGCAGGGAUUCUGUAUGGAUAUUGGAUCAAUAUCUGAAUAGAAAUUUGUGAAUACAUCUUUAAAAAUCAUUCUUCAAAAUUUCGGCCU